UAGGCGGCACCUCGUCGUUGCUGUUCACGCUUGCGUUGGCGAGCGCCAGAAGGUUGUCUAUUACUGGGAACCGAAGUACUUCGGAAGGGACGUAGCAGGGCACUCGGCUCACCCUUGGAUCGCUUUGCAAAUGUACCCGAAGUGCGCUGACCAUCAUGACCCGACAAAAGCUACGCCUCGGAAGCAAAUGUGUAGUGUGUGACGGGGAGCAGCCGGGGUCCUGCUAGUGACAGCGUUCACCGCCAAAAUUGCUGGGCAGCGUUCGCACUCACGAAAACCCAAUUCAUCGGCAAGUUGGCAGCUGUACUGACAGCGACCCAGUCCUUUUCGCUACGCGAUAAGGAUCUACCUGUAUCUUAUUCUUUGCAUUGAGCAGGUCUCUAAACAUCCCUGAAUCCUAUUCAAAUGACAUCUCACGUCGAGCUCUUGUCAAAUGGUUUACGAAAACUAGAACUUCAACAGUCCGAAACGAAUCCUAGGUCAAAUGACCAAGGCGGGGAUCCGCAAUCUGAGAAUGACCCUUCAUCAGCCAGUGCGUCACGUUUCAGUCGGUCUCAAGCCCGAGAGGGUUAUGGUUUUCGACCUGCUUCGGGUAUCUCGACGCCUCUCACCCUGUCCUCUCGUGCUGUUGAGGGAGGCAGCCCACUUCCUGACCCUCAUGGUCUUGGAUGGCCUGCAAAAUCCACUGUGUCUCGUCUGAAUGAGACUACAACAGACCGCGCUGCGCGCGAGAAAAUGAUGGUCUCUGCAGUACGGACUAUUCUUGAAUGUAUCGGAGAAGACCCCAACCGGGAAGGCUUGUUGAAGACGCCAGAGAGGUUUGCUCAGGCCAUGAUGUGGAUGACUCGGGGAUACGAGGAACGCUUGGCAGAUGUAAUAAACGAUGCAGUGUUCGCAGAGGAUCACGAUGAGAUGGUUCUAGUCCGUGAAAUCGAUUUUUCCAGCCUUUGUGAACAUCACUUGGUUCCUUUUACAGGAAAAGUCGCUAUCGCGUACAUCCCAAAUCAGCUAGUGCUUGGGCUUUCCAAGCUUGCGCGCAUUGCCGAAACUUUCAGUCGUCGUCUGCAGGUUCAAGAACGGUUAACUAAACAGAUUGCUAUCGCCGUUCAGGAGGCAAUUAAGCCCCGCGGAGUCGCAGUCGUUAUGGAAGCGACCCAUAUGUGCAUGACCAUGCGUGGUGUACAGAAACCAGGUUCCAUCACUGUGACUUCUUGCAUGCUAGGCUGUUUCCGAACUCAACAGAAGACUCGAGAGGAAUUCCUCACUUUAAUCAAAAGAUGAUCGCAGCUAUUUGCCACUUACCGCGAUUCAACUCGGGAUAUUAUCGAUUCAACUCGGAGCCACUCAUUCACCACAGCUACAUAUCAUCUAAUAAUUCACGACUUGUGUAGAGUGGAGCCUCAUCAGCCAGAUUCAUUUGUGUACUAUGUAAUGUAACGAUAUAUACUGCAGAACUCAAA